UAGUGUUUCCUGAACAAUGGAAACUCAAUCAGGAAAUGAAGGGGAGGUGUUGAGAGGAGAAGAGCCCAGUCGCUCCUCUCCUUUCCCCGUGCGGGCCGACGCUAAAGAGGACCUGGAGGAGAGCAGGCGCAUCGAGAGGUUUGACAUCCCGCUCCGCAGCCUCAAACUCAUGUUUGAGAAGCCGCCAGCUUCAAACGCGGAAGUGAAAGAAUCACACCCCUCCCCCAGGAGAACGAUGGUGCAUGCUUCCUCCCUGGACCAAAAGAACAAAGGAUCAGCUGGAGACAAGAUGUCCAAUCAAAGUGAGGACCAGAGUCCCUCUGCAGGCAGCACAAGUGUUUUGGGGGAAGAGCUGAGUCAGAAGAGUGGAGAGAGUAAAGACACACACACAAACAGCGAGGGUGAAACAGAGACCGUCUCUCUCAAACAGCGCCUGGCAUUGUAUCAGGCUGCAGUGAGCAAGGAGGAGAAAGCCACAUCCUCUGGGGUGAUGGAAGACUCUGAGGCGUGCUCAUUGCCAGGUGGGCUGGCUAGUGUGAAGAAACAGUUUGAGGGUCAGGAAGUGAGCUCAGCCUCUUCUCACACAGUCACGCAGUACCACUUUCAGAGACAGGAGGUGUCGAGCUCCUCAGAGGUGACUAUGAGGAGCAGUGUGAGAGAGAGUGUCCCCUCCUCACAGCAGCUUACCGUCUCUCACGAUCAGAGAAUCCAUCAGAAUGUGGCCUCGAGUUUCGAAAACCAUUACGACGAAACUGUGAGAGUGAUUGGAGGAGAAGAUUUACCCAAAGUUUCCACCCAGGCUUUGAAGCAGCAGCAUGAGAAAAGCAUUGAGGAGGCCACUCCCAACAAACAUAUCAAGGUUGACCUAGAUUACAAUCAGUUUCAGUGGACUCCAGUAAGUGUUUCAUCGAAGGCCACAGCAGGAGGCAGCUAUGAGACUGUGGCCGUUUCCAGGACGAUGAGAGAAGCCUCAGCAUCCUCUUCUUCUAUGGCUGCCUCCACCUCUGCUGGGUAUGAAACCGUCGAAAAUUUCCCCCCACCACCCUCAACUGACCUCCUCCAGAUGCCAACUGAAGUCCCAGAGCGCUGUCUGUCCCCGCAGCCAGCCGAGCAUGCUGACCUGCCUAGGUAUGCAGUCAGUAAAGAGCAGUACUCCAAACAGAGGAACCUCUACGAACUGAAGCGCCUAUACAAGCACAUCCACCCGGAAGUGCGUAAAAACCUGGAACGCGACUUUUUCAGCGAGGUUACCGAGAUGGAGCACGGACACCUUGACAGCGAGGAAGAGCUUAGCAGUGACGUGCAACAGGCACGCUAUGUGUUUGAGAACAGCGGCAGCGGCAGUCCGAACAAGUGCAUGAGCCCGGAGAGGGAGUAUCUGGAGUGGGACGAGAUCCUGAAAGGCGAGGUGCAAUCCAUGCGAUGGAUGUUUGAGAACAAGCCACUGGACGCCAUUAAAGACGACACGCCCGAUGAGGACAAUGUUAAGAGCAUUGCGCAGCAAGAGAUCAUUGCAGGUAAAGACGUAAAAUACACCACGUGGAUGUUUGAGACUCAACCUAUCGACGCCCUCGGAACCAGCACUCCCGACUCCACAGAGCAAGCAGGAAAGGUAACAGACCUCGCAAGAGGAGAUGUCCGAACUGCAACUUGGCUAUUUGAGACACAGCCGCUAGAUACACUCAAUAAGAUAUACCAGGAAGAUGAGCAGGGAGCGGAAGUGGUGUAUACUAAAGACAUUGCAGGGGGUGACGUGAAGACGGCUCGGUAUCUGUUCGAAACGCAACACCUGGAUUCCUUAGGUCACACCGAGACCAUUGACGAGACUCACUUCCUGCAGUUGAAAUCCGAACUCAAGGAGGUCAAAGGUGAGGUGAACACCACAACCAUGAUGUUUGAGACGCAGCCCUUAUGUGUUAUCAGGGGGGAUUCAGGUGAGAUGUUGGAAAUCACAACCGUCCGACGUGAAGAGAUGGAAAAAGGUGACGUCAAAACAUCACGCUGGCUCUUUGAAACCCAACCUCUAGAUAUGAUUAACAAAGACCCAACGCAGGUAAAAUUAAUCUGUGGCGUCUCCAAGGAGGAAAAUUACCAGGGUGGUGUGAAUCAUGGCAGGUGGCUUUUUGAGACAAAGACUUUGGACUCAAUCAAGGAUGAGGAAUGGGAGAACUCCAAGAUACAAAAGGAAGAGAUUAUUGGAGCAGAUGUACGUAAGCACUGUAUGGUAUUUGAGACACAGCCCAUGGACACACUAAAAGACAAUGCAAACGCGAGGCCGGCAGCCGCUGAAGACAUAUUAGGAGGUGACGUUACGUCAACCAGACAUCUCUUCGAGACUGUCCCGAUGGAAAACUUAAAAGAGUUACCUGAGGUCGGGAAACUGCAGAAGAUGGUCGCAUCAGAGGAGGAGAGAGGAGACGUAAGGCAUCAGAAGUGGAUGUUUGAGAGCAAACCACUGGAGCAGAUAAGAGAGGACAAGAAAGAGGUCACUCGGACCGUGAAUCUCGCCGAGCUUGACAAAGGAGAUGUUACCAAUUACAAAGAGAUCUUCGAGACCAUGGAUCUGAGCAAAUGUGAGGGAACGCAGAAAAUACAAGUUGAGGGUGUCAUGAGCGGAUCAGUUAAAUCAAAUAAGGUACUCUUUGAGUCCACCCCUCUGUACGCAAUGCAGGAUAGCUCUGGCCACUACCAUGAGGUCAAAACUGUUCGCCGUGAGGAAAUUGUUAAAGGUGACGUACGCAGUUGUAAGUGGAUGUUUGAAACACGUCCUAUUGACCAGUUUGAUGAAAGUAUUGAUAAAUUUCAGAUUAUCAAAGGAAUAUCAAAGCAAGAGAUUGAAUCAGGUGAUGUUAAAACAGCCAAGUGGCUCUUUGAAACUCAACCUCUCGAUGCAAUUAAAUUUUUCAGCAAUAUGGAAGAUGAGGAGAACAGUACAAAGGAGGGCGUAAAGAUUGAGAAAGGCGACGUUAAGACAUGUCGUUGGCUGUUCGAGACCCAGCCCAUGGAUGUUCUAUAUGAAAAAGCAGAGGUCAAGACAGACCUAGAAACCAAGGAUGUCCAGAAAGGAGAUGUCAAAACCUGUACCUGGCUUUUUGAGACACAGACCCUGGACAGCAUCAGAGAUGAGUCUGAGACAGUUCUGAAAACUUGCACGGUGAAACAGGAGGAUGUACAAGGCAAGGAUGUACGUUUAGCCAGAUUCCUUUUUGAAACAGAGAACCUUGAAAAUAUCACAGGAGAGGACAGCAAGGGCUUCAAGAGGGUCACUGAGAUUGACAUUCAUUCAGGGGAUGUGUCCAGGAUGAAGUAUAUAUUUGAAACUCAAUCAUCUGACAUCAUGACCUCAACUUCAGAGGAGACUAUGCAGAAGCUUAAAUCUCAGCAAGCAGAGGAUAUUCAGAAAGGAAAUGUGGUUAACUGCACCUGGAUGUUUGAAAAUCAACCUAUCGAUGCAAUUCGAGAAAAUCCUGAAGAAUCCAAGGAAGUGCGCACAGUGACUGAUGUUCAAGGUGGGAAUGUCGACAAAGGUCGCUUCAUCUUUGAGACAUACUCACUUGACAAGAUUCAGGAAGAGUCAUCUGAAACUGAGAUCAAGAAACUCCAGAGCAUCAUAAGAAAUGAGAUCGAAAAAGGAGAUGUAAAAAAUUACACUAUGAUGUUUGAAACUCAACCCCUGUAUGCCAUACGGGACAAAGAAGGACAUUAUCACGAGGUUACCACAGUCACUAAAGAGGAGAUUUUAAGGGGAGAUGUUGUUGGGGCAAGAUGGCUUUUUGAAACAAAGCCGCUGGACACCAUUAGGGACACAGAUGAGGUUUACGUCAUCAAAGCUGUGACAGAGGAAGACAUUCAGAAAGGGGACGUCAACACAGCUAGGUGGAGAUUUGAAACACAACCCCUUGACGAGAUUUCUGAGCACAUUAAAAUUACGACUAAAACUGUAGAGGACAUCCAAGGCGGAGAUGUAAAGACAAAUAAACAACGCUUUGAAAGUGAUGAAAUGUCACAGAUGUACGUGAGAACAGUUAGCGUGAGUGAAAUUCAAAAGGGUGAUGUGAGAAGCGCCACAUGGAUGUUUGAGACUCGCGCAAUUGACAAAAUCCAUGGUCAGGGGUCAGAAUAUGAUGAAAUGGAGAAAGUAACUAGGGAAGAAGUCGUCAAAGGUGACGUGAAACAGUCUGUGUGGCUUUUUGAAAAACAACCGUUGGAUCGCAUCAAAGACACUGACGGGACAGAAACUGUGAUAACUCGUGAGGCAAUCCCACAAGCAGAUGUGAAGACAACAACAUGGCUUUUUGAAACCACACCUUUGACUGAGUUCAAUGAGAGCAAUGUCGAAAAAACAGAGAUCAUGGGCAAGAGCAUUAAAGAGACCUUAGAGGAACUGUACAGUCAGAAGAUGGUUGACUCCCAAGGCAUUAUCAUCGAGGCAGAUGAGAUUGGUGAUGUCCGGAUGGCAAAAUACAGACUUCUCAAUCAGGAAGCACCACAGAUCCAGAGAGAGGAGGUGCUAAGGGGCGACCUCAAUAACAUAAUGAUGAACCUGCUCAAUAGACGUGAGACCACAGAAAGAGGAAUCACUAUUGAUGUGGAGGAGAGAGGAAAUAUCAACACAACAGUCAAACAGCUUUUCAACCAGGAUAGAGGUGUCAACGUGGAGAAACAGGAGAUCAUCAGGGGAGACAUCCAGGAAGCCAUCAACAACCUGUUAAAGGAGGAGAGCUCUGCUAAACGUGGUAUUCUGAUUCAAGAAGAUGAGAAAGGAGAUGUGAGAAUGACUAUAUACUCACUCCUUAACAAAGAGAGUGAAGGCAGCUUGGAGAAAGAGGAUAUUGUGAAAGGAAAUGUUCGUGGAACCCUGCAUCGGCUUCUUUCAAACCCUGACGCUAAUGAGCAGUCCAUAAAGAUAAAAGUGGGAGACACAGAGAGAGGUAACGUGAGCUUCUAUUCCACUUGCAUUGAGUCUGGAGCACUGGACUAUCUCAGACAACUUCAGUAUGACUCAGAUGAAGCUCUCGAUGAAAAAGUGAAAGAGAAGAUCAUUGGAGGCGAUAUCGAGGAAACCAAGAUGAGUCUAAGAAGGAACCAGCAAGUAAUUGGACGUACAGUGGCAGCAGAUGAUAUUGUUCCUGGCGACGUUCACAGCACAGUGAAGGUCUUUAUGAUGGAACCAGUGGUAUCCUACCGUAAUCUACAGAAAGAGGAGAUUGUAAAAGGAGACCUAAGGGGAGCAUUAGACUCUUUAACGCAGGCUGUCAACCAGCGCGUGGUGGUGGAGAAGGAGGAGGUGGUGAAAGGAGACAUCAAUACAACACUGAGGUCUUUAGAGGAAGCCCAGAACCAACUGAAAGAACUGGAAAAACCUGAAAUUGUUCCUGGUGACAUCAGGGGGGCGUUAGAGUCCCUGGAGAAGUCUGCAACUGCCAAAACCGAAGUUGUCAUGGAAGACUUAAUCCCAGGUGACAUUAAAGGCACCCUAAAAUCCCUGGAGGAGGCUAAGCAAGCUGUGAAAGAAAUCGAGAAAGAAGAGGUAGUGAGAGGUGACAUUCAGACGGCUCUGCAGAGCCUGCAGGAGGCUUCCACUGAGAAAAAAGUCUUCCAGCAUCAAGUGAGUGAACAAGGUGAUGUGAAAGGCACCAUACAGCUCUUGCUGGAGCCUGUUGCAUCCCCACGCAUGCAGCGUCGGCCCAGCGCUGAGGGUGACAUUAAGACUUCUAUUAAGUCACUGUAUGAGCAGGAGCAGUCACAGAUAGAGAAGGAGGAAGUGGUAAAAGGAGACGUUCAAGGCACAAUUAAAUGCCUGAUGCAGAAGAAACAACAGUCGAGCCACAAGGGAAAAACGAACCCCUCGCGAAGGGGCAAAGGUCCCGCCAAAAAUCCUAUGCCUGCCAAGCAGGCGGCCCGUGAAUGCCCAGCUGGGCCCAAAGGUGAGGGCAAGUCAUCUGCUCCGACUCCUGCAGUGAAAAAUCUGCCUCAGAGCUCUAAGAGUAGUACUCAAACACAUACUGAAAAUAAAUCUGGGCAAUCAGAGGCUGUGACCCAGGAGCAGCAUUCUGUCACCACACACAUCACAGCAGUGAGUAAGUCUGAUGAAUCACAGUCCUCUCAAAAGACGAACGUGACCGGGCAGUCUGUGAAACAGAAAACGAGCUCCCCUGGCCCGGUGACGAUAAAGAAAAAACACCAGAGCAAACAGACUUCUGAAAAUGUUGCUAUGUCAACAGCAACAAGUGAGGCUUCAGAGAUAUCCAAAACAAGUGUCAGCACAAAGCAGACGCAAGAAACAAAGACCAUCACUCAGGUGCAGACAACUGUAACUACGGAACAGAAGACAAUCACACAGAAGCAGGGAAUCAAGAAUCUGAAAUCAGAGCAAAGUGUUAAAAACGUGAAGACAGAGCAGAAUGUCAAAAAUCUAAAUCGCAAUCUCAACCCCAAAGGUUUGAUCAAAAAGGGAAAGCCGCAACCCGAGAUAAACUUCCCUCCGCCUCCUCCUGUCUCCCCUCCACCUCCUUCUGAGUCUGAACUUUCCCUCCCUCCUCCUCCUUCUCCAGUGGCAGAGAGCGACAUACAGCUGUCUCUUUCACCCCGGCCUCCACUGGUCAUGAGGCAGGACAGUGAUCUUCCUCCUCCUCCACCUCCUCCGCCUAUUGUUGAAUCUGAACCUGAUUUCCUCCCACCUCCUCCUCCACCCCCUCCCCCUCCAGUGGCAGGUCAGGACUUUCUGCCCCCUCCACCUUCUCAACAGGAACUGAGUUCUGUAUCUCAGCCAGCACCAGUAAAGCCCAAAGGUCGACCCUUGUUCAAAGUGCCUAAGCCAGAGCCACCCAAGCAACAAGAGCCACCUAAGUUUAAGUGGCAGAAAAAACAAACACCUCCUCCACCUCCUCCUCCUCCACCUCCACCCCCUCCUUCUGAAGCAGAGCCAGAAGGGAAAAAGGAGACCAGGACAUCAGAUGUUGGCAUUGAAACUAAGGAAAAACACACACAACAAGCAGAGCAGGUGAAGGCACCUGAGUCACCAGUGCAGCCAGUAACUAAAGUUCCUUCUGGAAUCCCUGUAACCAAGAGUGUACCAGAAGAAUCACCACGUGCACCAAAGAAAGUUUUUGUUCCUCCGAUUAAAAUCCCACCUCCGCCUGAGCCAGCAGAACCUCCAAAGCCAAAACCAUAUGCAAGGAAAUUCAAAACUCCACUCAUGCUUGCAGAGGAAAGAUAUCGCAAGCAAAGAGAAGAGGCUGAGAAGAACAAGACAAUAACUACUCCCACCUCCCCUUCCUCUCAUGUUACAAUUCAGGCUACAGCUGAUUCGCAGGCUGAAACCGUGUCUUCUACACAGAACUUUGAGCAGAUACAAACUACAACAGAGACACAACAUGAAAAACAAGAGAAACCUAAAGAGCCAGAACCAGAAAGCAAACCAAUUAUGGUCCCUCAAGAACCACCUGCAAAAACAAUCCCCUCAAAAAUAUCACAAGCCCCCCCCAUUCAAAAAGCACCGGCAAAUAUUACAUUAAGCAAGCCUGUGUUUCCAAAAAUCAAGAAAAAAGUAACUACUGAGCCAGCUGCUGCUGCCGCAGACAAAAAUGUGGUUUCUACUACUCAUACAUCAGAGACUAAAGUUAAGCCCUCAUCAACAAUGGUUUUAUCCACUGCACUCGAGCAGGUUGAUGGUGUGAAAGCCACUUCAGAGAGUGUCACCUCAAAACAAGGGAAUGUUCAGGCAAGUUUUAAGGAUCAGUCUAGUGUCACUAUAAAGAAAGAGGUGACCAAAGAGAUGGAGAGCUCUCUGAAUCAGGAGGUGAAGAAAACAACUUCUCAGCCUACCAAAAUACCAAAAGUUACUCCAAGUUUCAAGGUAAAAACCAUAAAGGUGCCAAAGGUGGAUAAGCCAGAGAGCCAGGCAGAAAAAAAGGACAUAGUCCAGAAAGAUCAGUUAGUUACGGAAGCCUCCUCUGUCCAGAGUCACACACAGAAUGUCUCUCAACAGUGUGUAGUUCAGGAGAGUUCUCAAAUAUCUACUAGCAGCAUGGAGAAAACUGAAGUCAAGGAGCAAGUAGAGCAAGCAGUUCAGGACACUAAACUGGAGAUACAGAUGAAAAAGCCAAAGCAGAGACCAAAGAAAGAGGUUAAGCAGCCACCACCCGUGGCACCCAAACCAACCAAGAUAUCACCUUUGGUUUUAGCACAGUCCCAGGGUCAAGAACAGAUAAAAAUUGUUCAGUCUCACCAAGAGGUAAAAGAGGAACAUGUUCAUAUACAUAAGGAAGUUGUGGUUACUGAAAGCACAAUUCAUCAACAGAGCGUUCAGCAGAAGGGGAAUGUUCAAAUUAAGAAGCAGAUAAAGAGUUCACAACAACAACAGAGCAAAGAGGAGGUCAGUAAACUGCACCAACAGAGUGAGGAGAAAGGCAAGGAGAAACAAAGCCAGGUGGAGGUUAAAGAACCUGAAAAAUCAGCGACAAGUGACAUUUCGAAGUCUGAAACAGAGAGUUCAGACUUACAGAAAUAUGAGGAGGUGCAGAAAUUGCUCUGUCAAAUUAAAGAGAUGCUGGGACAAGCAGGAAAAAUGGAUAUGAAGUCAGUGAAGACCAUGCUCAGCAUCGUCCCUGAUUGGCUGAUAGGAUCAGAGGAGAAAGUAGAAUUAAGCCGAUGUCAGUUCAACAAGCAGAAAAUGAGAGAAAUUGUUGUCUACAUCAGAAAUAUGGCUGAAGCUAAAAUAUUGCUUUUAGAGGGAAAUUUAGCAACAGUGGAGAAGCCCAAAAGUGAAUCAGUGCAGGAGCAAAAAGUUGCUAGUGGAGCAACACAGAAAAUAUCUAAAAUAAGCAUUGGCUCGGUUAAAGUUGAGACUCAGAAGAAAGCAGUGGAGGAGAAAAAGUCUUUACAGGAGCAGAGUGAGUCCAAAACUACAGAAUCCAGAAUGCCUCCGGAUCUGGUAAGAACGAGAACUCCCUCUCCCACGUUCAUUUGCAUUGAGUCAGCAAAAAGGACAGAUUCUCCACUAAGGGUCACCCCCUCACCACCCCCAUCCUACAGGUCAACCUCCACUCCUACACCUCCUCCUCGUUGGUCUGAUUCUCCUUCUUCUCGUAUGAGCCGAGCAACUCCCUCUCCGACCUUAAGUCGCUCUGAGAAGCUAGCCAAACUGAAAGACACAACUGCUAAACUAGCACAAGGUAUGACUCCUCCCCCAAUGCCACUGCCAGAACACAUGAUGAAAGUCCAAACCUCUGAGGAAGAGAGAGCCCAAUCAUCAAGCCAUCAAGAGAUCAAUAUUGAAACUCACAUGGCGGAAACAUCAAUGAUGGAUGUUUCCGAGAUGGUUGAUUCCAUGAUGACAGUGAAAGACAAACGCGAGUUCUUUGAAGAGGCUCAGAAGGCAGAGGUGAACCGCACUUACGUGCGCAAGGAUCCCAUUGAUAUCCCAGAGCGUUUGGGUCCAGAUGCAGAAGACAGUGAGAUGAUGGUUCAUGAGAAGUUGAUGGAUGACGUGCCAAGGGUUGAUCUGUCCAGACUUGUCAACAAGUUUGAGUCACCACAGCCGAAAGUUUAUGUGAGGAAAGAGCCCAUCGUUAUUACUGAGAGACUGGGAAGUGACACUGAGGAUGCUGAUACAGAGCUGGAGAAGACAUCCACACCUGCAGAAGAGAUGCCUACCUUUGACAUAAAGGCUAUCAAAAAUGUUUUCGAAACGGGGGAGCAUAGCCAACACCAGUUCAAAGAUAAGAAGAGCAAACUGGAAAAGCAGGUGGAGGAACCAGCUGAGCCCCAAGGAUUCUCUGAAACCAAAUCCGUCACAGAACACUUUUCCAGUGUCGAUGACUUUGGGAACACUGUCGCAGGGUCAAGGAGUGAGAUUAGCUCACACUCUGAGAGCGUGACAAUGCGCCGUGACCCACCAACCUAUGCGGACGUGGUGAGGGGAAGGGUUCCAGUUCUUAGCGUUCCACCAGAGGCCUCGGCAGAGGACCUUCUGAGGGGCUUCCAGCAGUCAUGGGCACAGAGUGACAAUGUCUUCAGGAACCUAGGCUUUAGUGUCUUGGAGCAACACAGCUCACAGACCAUCUCUCACCAACAGGAGACUGUUGUCACUGAAAAUACAGGUGCCCGAGUCCGAACUGUGUCGGGCAUGUCGGAAGAGGGUGUAUCCCAUGGAGUCCCUCUUGGCGGACAAACAAAACUACCAUAAGACCUGCUUUAGAUGUUCUCAUUGCAGCAGCCAACUAAGUCUUGGCAACUAUGCGUCUCUCCAUGGAAGAAUGUACUGCAAGCCACACUAUAAACAACUCUUCAAGUCC